UGUUGUCAUUGGUAAACACCACACAUCUGCCUACCCAGAACGUCUUCCCAUUGGUUUACCGGGUUGUCUGUCGCAGUACUUCCGUCCGUUUGGCCGGUUUUGAUUGGCCGAUUUUCCUCUUUUUUUUCCUCUUCUUCGCGGCGGUGGGUCGGAGCCGCUGUGUCCCCGGUCUGGCACGUUCCUAGCCAAAUUCUCCACGGUGUAAAAUUGGAUUCCCCCUUUUUCACAAAAACAAAAAAUAACCCCCUUUCAAUUCCCUGUAACCGCUUAUACGUUUCCGCUCAACACACACCUCCAAAUCUCCACCAGAUACCUCUGAAGAUGGCGGUGGUAAGCGGGAUGUCGGGGUCGGCUGUAGCCCGGCUGGAGGGCCGAGAAUUCGAGUAUCUGAUGAAGAAAAGGUCGGUGACUAUCGGCCGGAACUCCUCGCAGGGUUCGGUGGACGUAAGCAUGGGACACUCCAGCUUCAUCUCCCGGCGGCACCUCGAGAUAUUCACCGCGGGAGAAGAUGGCACCGGCACGGGGGAAUUCUAUCUCCGAUGCCUCGGAAAAAACGGGGUGUUUGUUGAUGGGGUGUUCCAGAGAAGAGGGGCGCCACCUCUUCAGCUCCCACGAAUGUGUUGUUUCCGGUUCCCCAGCACAAGUAUAAAGAUCACGUUCACAGCCCUGUCCAAUGACAAGAAGGAGCCAAGGAACGUGCCGGAAUCACCGGUCAAGCCCGUCCAACCCCAAAUUUCCCCACUGACCAUCAACAUUCCAGACAACAUCGCCCACCUCAUGAGCCCACUGCCUUCACCCACUGGCACCAUCAGUGCGGCAAACUCUUGUCCAUCAAGUCCGCGGGGGGCGGGACUCUCCAGCUACAGGACAAGCCGUGUUCUGGCCUCCGACCUAAUAGGAGACAACUCUCAAUCUGAAAACGAUAAAGAGGCCUCAGGUGAAGACAGCCCAAAGGAUGACUCCAAACCUCCGUAUUCAUAUGCACAAUUAAUAGUCCAAGCUAUCACCAUGGCCCCAGAUAAGCAGCUCACCCUGAAUGGAAUAUACACCCACAUCACCAAGAACUACCCCUACUACAGAACAGCUGAUAAAGGCUGGCAGAACUCAAUCCGCCACAACCUGUCCCUGAAUCGGUACUUCAUCAAAGUGGCCCGCUCUCAGGAGGAGCCAGGCAAAGGCUCCUUUUGGAGGAUCGACCCCGCCUCUGAGGGCAAGCUGAUAGAACAAGCCUUCAGGAAGCGCAGGCCGAGGGGAGUGCCCUGCUUUAGGACCCCAGUGGGACCUCUCUCCUCCAGGAGCGCUCCAGCUUCUCCCAGCCACACAGGGGCACUGUCUGCCCACUCCAGUGGGGUCCAAACCCCAGACAGCCUGUCCAGAGAGGGGUCCCCUGUCCCCAUGGAGCCAGAGCCAACCCCACCACCAGCCCCCACCCAAACCACUACAGUCCAGCCCAAACUCGCUGUCAUCCAAGAGGCCCGCUUUGCACAGAACUCCCCUGGCUCCCCCCUCAACAACCAGCCAGUACUGAUCUCCGUGCAGCGCCAAAUGCCUCAAACGACCAUGAAGCCUGUGACCUACGCCAUGGCGUCGCCAGCCAUUGUAACAACGUCAGUUAGCUCCGCCCCUGUCAUGCAGACGGUGCACGUCGUCCACCAGAUCCCAGCAGUCACCAUGGCAACUGUUGCCGGACAGCCGACUGCUACAGUGAGCCCAGAACCUCAGGAGAAUGGAGGGGGAGAGCACCAAGAGAUCAAACUCAAAGUGGAGUCGGUCCCAUCCAUCACAGCCGCGUCUAUAGGUGGAGUCAGCCGCAUCAUCCAGAGCUCUCAGGCUGCUCCUCUGACGACAGUAACCAUUGUGCAACAAGCCCCGCUCGGUCAGCACCAGCUUCCAAUAAAGGCCAUCACACAGAACGGGACACAUCUGGUCCCCAUCAGCACUGCUGCUAGCACAGCUGCUGCAAAUCCUCUUCACCUCCUGGCGGCCCACGCCUCAGCUUCAGCGUCCCUGCCUACCAAGAGGCAGAACGGAGAACUGCAAGACCAGCCCCAAUCAAAGAGGGUGAAAACGGAAGAGGAAGAGGAAGGUGAAGCAGCAGCUGCCAACAACACCACCACCACCAAUAACGGCACCACGGACAGAGCUGGAGAAGAAGGGGUCAGUGAACAGAUCGGUGACAAGUAGCCUCCCUCCCCGGUCUGCAUCCUGACCCCUGCUCUCCUGUACGCAUUGAGCCUCACACCUUCCACACUCUCACCCCCUCCAUCAUCUACUCCAAGGUGCCAAAAGCAGAAGAGAUGCGGAAAACACCUGCAGGACUACAGAAUGUUUAAAACCCUCCUCCUCAACCCCUCUUCCAUAUAUUUAAGACCACGAAAUACGAUGCAAAAACUAAAGACCAAAUUUAAAAAUGGAAUCAAAGAGUUGCUGAUGACUGUGAAUCCCUGAAGCUCGAGACCCAGAUGGCAAGAAGAAGCACAGGAAGAAAAGAACAGAUUGAAAAAUCCAGAUUUCCAGAUCAAAAGUGACUUAUUGGACAAGCGAGGAAUCCCGAAAGGAGCCUCAUCCUGGUAGCAUUACAGACAAGCGCUUUACUGUGUGUCGGACAGAGAGAGAGAGAGCAACCAAGUGAAAUCACCAGUAGUGUAUUCCGCAAAGGGAAGCGUGUGUACGUACGUGUGGACAUUCCCAUCUUCGGCAGCUAGCCUCCAUGUCGACCUACCUAACCCAGUCGUGAGUAGAUAUGCAGUAUUCCGUUGUACAAGUGUAUCUUUGGAUCUUUUUUGAGUGUUUCUCCGUUUCCCAAGGCACAGAUACUAUCUAGUAAUAAUUAAGAUAACUAAAAGCUAUAAGUGGGGUCUUUAAGAACAUUUAAACAUCACAUGAUAUUUUGGGAAUCCUUUUUUUUUUUGGUUGUUUUUGUAUGUGGACUCUUUGUUCAGUGAAAUGAAUGUAGUCUCCUUUUUCCUUUUAAAGAAAACACUAUCUAUUGAGUGGAUGUUCGUUUUUUUCUGCUCAUUCAUGCAAAUGAAAUUUCUUUAUCACUGUACAUCGACAGAUUUUUUUCAUAUUUUACAAAUAUCCUAUGAGAUAAAAAAGUAUAUUCCCAUGCGUAUUUGACCAUAUGCUUCAUUGAGCUUGCAUGUUACGGAUCUAGAGACAAUGUACUUGAGCAGAUUAUCUGAAUAUGGAACUGAAGAAAAUUUAGACUGAAUCUACGCUAUAUGAUUCUGACCAGUGCUGCACUUAACCCUCUUAGUUGUUGUUUUUUUUCUCCCCCCUUUUGUAUUUUCAUUUGCUCUGUUUCCCCCACCCCGUCAUCAUGGGCUGUGUUUGUUACCUUUGUGUUGAAGUUGGCAACUCUUUGCUUGAUUAUUUUUUUCUGUUAAGGCUACUAAAGAGUCUAUUCAGAUUGUAUUCUAUGUUACACGAGGAAAAACAAGUGAUAGGUGUUCGUUCUGCUUCAGUGGGUAAAUGCUUUUUUUUAUAAAUUUAUUUAAACACACAACCUUCUAGUUUGUAUUUCUUUGAGUAAAAGCCUUCUCUGCUGGGCAAACACAAACUCACAAUCUGUGUGAAGAAUUAUUUCUUUUUGUUAGAACAAGGAAAGAUCGCACUUAUGUGUUAACAUCUGGGAUGGAGGGCUUCAGCGUACAUUCCUCACUGUUUGGUCAGGCUGUCAGAGGAAGACUGCGUACCACGGGGUGGAAAUACUUCCUUUGAACACUAUCAGCUUCCUUAAGUGACAAAAACAGCAUGAAUCACUUGAUUCCAGUACUGGAGCUGAGGAGUGUUGAAUGUAAGGACUUAAGGGUUCAGUGAGCUUUAAACCAGACAGUUCAUCCUAAAGAAGACCCAAGAUAGACCUUUUUCCACAGCACACACUUUGGCAUUCUAGUAGAAAAAGCACAGUUGUAAUCAUUAACAUCAAAAACAUUCCAUUUAGGUAGGCUUGUUCAAGGGUCCUGGUGUACAUACUAGCCCACUGGCAUGGCUUACUGGGUCACUUGAUGGAGCAGAGCCAUCAUAAUGAAAUUAGUUACACCUUUGCUUUACCCACUAUGGCAAGUCCAAAUGUCAGAUGUGAAAAAGGAUGAUUCCAAUAAGGUAAAAUGAGUCCACAUUGCACUGUAUUAACUGUGUUGACCACGUCAUGGCUGAUGCUGAUCUGCUGAAUAAGGUCAGUGUGCAGAUACCAAUCCAGCUUCAUUGUUUCAGUGCAUCCCUGAUUCAUACUUAAUUUAAAAAAAUAAAUAAAUAAAUAAAAUAAAAUGGUAUUUUCAACCUGGA